GCGAGUCACUGAGUGCCCUGUAAAAUUCCAAAAGAGGCAAUUGACCUCAACAGGACCACUUGGUAACCGUGGCAUCGACUUACCGCCUCUCCUCGUUCGUCAAGUUCCCGUCGUCGUCUGCUGUCAUCCAAUGACUGCCGUGCUAUUGGCAAAGGACGUUCUGAGGAGAGAAAGGGUCAUGUCAAUGGACGACGUUCAGCUAGGCUACUCGUCGUCAACCGACUGGCGAGCCAAGUACAAUGAGGUGGCAGACAUGCUGGCGGAAACCCGCGCAGAAUUAGACGACUUUCAUCUUGCUAGUAAGGAACUUGAAACCGAGUUGGAAAACGAGCUGCAGAGGACGGAAAAGGCGCAACAGGACUUGAAGGUUAAGGCGGCAAGGGCAGAAAUAGAGCGGGACGAAUGGAAGUCCAAAUUUAUGACCCUGCAGACCAACCACAACACAACGACAACAUCUCUGCAGCGCGAACUCGACAAGCUGCGUCAAGACUACCAGCAAAUUAAAGUCCAGCUUCGCGAACUUGAAAUGGGAAAUGAUGAUUUAGAACGGACAGAGCGCGCGGUCUCGUCAAGCCUGGCUGACGUUGAAGCGAAGUAUUCCCGAGCUCUCGAGGAGAAAAUACUUCUGGAGCAUGAACUUCUCGACAAAGCUAAUCUCGAAGAGCAGUGCCAGCGGCUCAAAGACGAGCUGCGAGAUGCGAAUAUUGAAGUUUCAGUCUUGAAGGAUCAAUUGGCUGCUCAAGUUAACUCUUCCCGAGAAUCUAUAUCAUCCCCGUCUUCAGGUUCCGUCAUUCGCCGCGGCUCCUCCAGUGACGACCUCUUUAAUACCCCACCUCCCGCUGAUCUACAGCUAUCUGAGCUGGACCGAAGCUCCGAUAGCUUGUUAUUCGACAACGAAGUCACGCCGAAGAAGCGAAGCGCAUCCCGACAAGCAGGGCAAUCUGUGCUAUUGAAUCGCGCUGGCUUCCAGCCCAUGACUUCGAGCACUUCGACUCCUCCUCGGUCAACCGGGAUACCCCGUUCGACAUCGAUACCGUCGCCAUAUUCGUCGUCACGGGCAGCAAGUAAUCCAUCACCCAUAACACGCAAAGCUUCCAAUGCCAGCACUACCUCAACAACUAGUACCACAUCCAAGAGCAAAGGUGUUCAGAUGGUGUCUGAAAUGCGUGCUAGAGUUAGGACACUGGAGCAGAAGAUACAUUCUCGUGUGCCUCGACUCCGGAUGGGAAGCGUCACGAACCGGCUAAGUGCCAAUGCUCCAAAUCCUACCAACAAUGGUACCUCCUCAUCUGGCCCUAGCAAAUCUAUCAUAAGCAGAACUAGUUGGGAAAACCCAUUGGGCCGGCGCAGCUCAGAAUCUAGACGCAGCGUUGACAUAGACGGCGAAAAGAUGAAGAAAGACAGUCCAGGAGAUUCGUCUGGAUGGGUUCUCAUUAUGGAGGACUCACCUCCACCGCGCAGAGAUAUAAAUAGGGAGCGACGACGACUAUCCAGCCCCUCCCGAUCUACAUCUUUCCGUCCCCAUGCAUCUGCGUCAUCUGCGUCGCCCGCUUCUCCCACGUUGAGGAUGAAUAAAGCUGCCUUGUCACAAAGUACGACAGCAGGUGGUAUGAGGCGGCCACAAUCAAGGCUGUCCAUCGGCAGUUCAGCUACGACAUCCAGUACUGUCCAUACCCCGACCUCUCGUCCAUCUACGCCCACUUUUCUUCCCAUUCCAGCAGGAGGCGUGAAUGGGCACUCUUCUGGACUGGGCCUCAAGCGCUCUACUGGCCCUGCUGGUCAUCCGAAAUUACAAACAAAGCGCUCUUCAUUAGGAUCGAGUACCUCUGCGAUGCCGCCUCCUGCACCCCGAGAUAAGUCACGCCCAGUCUCUAGCACCCCUGCGAGCUCCGGAUCGAGGAACUCGACAUAUGAAACUGGGAAAGCCCUCCCUCAACUUCCUACCGGCGUCUCUGCAAAUGUGACAGUUCGCCAAAGCAAGCUACCUUCAUCUUCGACUUCAUCUGCGCUGUCGCAGAGUCGAAUUGGCCGCCCAAGUGGAGGUGGGGGUACUCGGCGACAGAGCGCUGAACGGCUUGAUUCAGCGGAGGGAGCACUUCGAGCAAGCGACCUUCGCCCCAGAGCUGGCAGUGCCUCUGCGAAGUUUGGGAAAAGUGUAUCUUAGGUCAGAUUAUCUCUUCGUAUUCGUUGUUUGCUGAUGGGCGCCUUGAAUUUCCUCCCAUAUUUACUUAUGUUGCCUUGUUUUCUCUCAUCCUUUUAAUUACUACCGGAUAUUUUGCGUUAGGCACUUGAUCACCCUCACAUUCGUUAUGUAUCGUAAUACAGAGCCUUUACUUUUCUUUCAUGGUGAAGUGCUGGAAGCGACAAUAUCCUAUACAUUUCCUUUCUGCCAAUCGUAGAGGAAGUAGUACGAGUCGUCUAAUGAGUGUAUUUGAUGGUAAUAUGAAUAUCAUUAUUAUUUCCUUUCAUUUUAUUUAAGACGGGAAAGCAUUUGAAAUCAGAAAUCCU